CCGCCCUGUCCUAUCUCUUUAAAUGAGACAGAGCCGCUCCGCUCCUGCUCUGCGUGUGCGCGUGCGCGUGCGCGUGUGUGGAGGAGACGUUACGAGAAAGAGAGGGCCACUCUGUUGUGGAGGAGGACCAAGCGAUCGAAAACACAACACAGAGCAUCUUUUUUGUUGCAUAGAUUUGGAGAGCUUUUUGCAGAGGAGGCUCUGGAUCGCGUGUGAUUCCGGACCCGGGGUGCUCCUCUUGUCUCUAUGGGCUCGGCAGGCGCAUCUGUCGCCUCCCGGUAGGACAUAACGGGCAGGGCUGCCUUCUAAUCAUUAUUUAUUUCGCUCUCUCUCUCUGCGCCGCGACGUCGGGAGAAACGCGAUCGAGAGGAAGCGAUAAGGGUCCCGAUCAUGGAUUAGUACUCGAGUUAAUGUCAUCUGAGAGGUUCCCAAUGUUGAACAUGUCCACCCCCAGCGAGCUGAAGUCAUCCUGCGUGACUCGCAACGGCAUGGUGAAGUUGCCCCCCAGCCAGGCCAACGGUCUAGGCAGUGCGAGUAUCACCAAGGGGACACCUGCUGCCAAGAACCGUCUGUGCCAGUCCUCCUCAGUACCCUCCAUUCUGCCUCCUCCGCCAUCCUCCCUUCCCUACCACCUCCACCACCACCACCUGGAUGGCCCCGGUAUGCCCAACUCAGCAGCCUCUCUCUUGGGCUCUGACAUGGAGCCCGGACAGCCUCUGGUGGGCUUGAAGUCGUCCCUUCGUCAACUUCCCCCUCUCACUCUACCCAAACCCAUUCUGCUGGAGCGCCAGCAAGUCUUGGAUGAGAAGCUGCUCAACCGAUUGCUCUGGUACUUCACCACAGCUGAAAAAUGUGUACUGGCGCAGGUAUGCAAGACAUGGCGCAAGGUGCUGUACCAGCCCAAGUUCUGGGAGGCUGUGACACCCAUCUUGCAUGCCAAGGAGCUAUAUACCCUGCUCCCCAAUGGGGAGAAGGAGUUUGUCAGUCUGCAGGCCUUCGCCCUGCGGGGCUUCCAGUGUUUUUGCUUAGUGGGCGUCUCAGACCUGGACAUUUGUGAGUUCAUCGACAACUACCCGCUGUCCAAGAAAGGGGUUCGCUCAGUCAGUCUCAAGAGGUCCACCAUCACAGAUGCCGGUUUGGAGGUCAUGUUGGAGCAAAUGCAAGGCCUGAUGCACCUCGAGCUGUCGGGUUGCAACGACUUCACGGAGGCCGGCCUGUGGUCCAGUCUGAACGCCCGGCUCACCUCCCUCAGCGUCAGCGACUGCAUCAACGUGGCGGACGACGCCAUAGCCGCCAUCUCCCAGCUCCUGCCCAACCUGUCGGAGUUGAGCCUGCAGGCCUACCACGUCACCGACACGGCCAUGGCCUACUUCACAGCCAAACAGGGCUACACCACCCACACUCUGCGGCUUCACUCCUGCUGGGAAAUCACCAAUCACGGUGUGGUCAACAUGGUGCACAGCCUCCCCAACCUGACUGCCCUCAGCCUCUCCGGCUGCUCCAAGAUCACAGACGACGGUGUGGAGCUGGUGGCCGAGAACCUGCGGAAGCUCCGCAGCCUGGACCUGUCCUGGUGCCCUCGGAUCACCGACAUGGCCCUGGAGUACAUCGCCUGUGACCUGCAUAAACUGGAAGAACUGGUGUUGGACAGGUGUGUGCGGAUCACAGACACCGGGUUGGGCUACUUGUCCACCAUGUCGUCAUUAAGGAGCCUGUAUCUGCGCUGGUGCUGUCAGGUACAGGAUUUUGGUCUUCAGCAUUUGUUUGGAAUGAGGAGUCUUCGCCUACUGUCUCUUGCAGGUACGAUUUCUCUUACACAGAAAGAACUUCCUAUUCCUAGUAUUAUGUAUGUGUUAUGUAUCUGUAUAUGUGCUGACUGCAUUGAAGGGGAGCUGAAGGGCUCGUAUCAGUGUCAGCCGGUAUUAGGAUGUGCCAAAUGCAUUUGCAGCGGCGCGGAAAAUGCGUCUGGCUGCCUCCAGCUGACCGCCGACCACACUGAGUGUGUCCUGUCUUCGGACACGGCAGACCAUGCAUGUUUUUAG